UCCACACAUAGGCUGAUGUGGUUGGAUAUUUGUACAUUGGAAAUUAUUCAGCCAGUUAAGGAGGAUCCAAGCACAUUAUAAAAUCAUCCACACAGAGAUUGUGCUCCAGCCUAACGGUACAGGCAACAGACAUAGCGAGCAGACACCAUGAGGGAGAUUGUGCACAUCCAAGCUGGGCAAUGUGGGAACCAGAUCGGGACCAAGUUUUGGGAAGUGAUUAGUGAUGAACAUGGCAUUGAUCCAGCAGGAGGUUAUGUCGGUGAUUCAGCUCUGCAGCUUGAGAGGAUCAACGUGUACUACAAUGAAUCAUCCUCUCAGAAGUAUGUGCCCAGGGCUAUCCUUGUUGAUCUGGAGCCUGGAACCAUGGAUAGUGUGCGCUCUGGCCCAUUUGGUCAACUCUUCAGACCUGACAAUUUUAUUUUUGGACAAACUGGUGCAGGAAACAACUGGGCCAAAGGACAUUACACAGAAGGAGCAGAGCUUGUCGAUUCAGUCCUGGAUAUAGUCAGGAAGGAAUGUGAACAUUGUGACUGUCUACAAGGGUUCCAGCUUACUCACUCCCUUGGGGGAGGUACCGGUUCUGGUAUGGGAACUCUUCUCAUCAGUAAAAUAAGAGAGGAAUACCCAGACAGAAUAAUGAACACGUUUAGCGUUAUGCCUUCACCUAAAGUUUCUGAUACUGUUGUAGAGCCAUACAAUGCCACCUUAUCUGUUCAUCAGCUGGUUGAAAACACAGAUGAAACCUAUUGCAUUGACAAUGAAGCUUUAUAUGAUAUUUGCUUCCGUACAUUGAAGCUGACCACACCCACUUAUGGAGAUUUAAACCAUCUUGUUUCUGCCACAAUGAGUGGCGUUACCACAUCGCUAAGGUUCCCUGGCCAGCUCAACGCAGAUCUUCGUAAGCUUGCUGUGAAUAUGGUCCCCUUCCCACGUCUUCAUUUCUUCAUGCCUGGCUUUGCACCAUUGACAGCCAGAGGAAGUCAACAGUACCGAGCCCUAACUGUGCCUGAACUUACCCAGCAGAUGUUUGAUGCCAAGAACAUGAUGGCAGCUUGCGAUCCACGACAUGGACGAUAUCUCACAGUGGCAACAGUCUUCAGAGGACCAAUGUCCAUGAAAGAAGUAGAUGAGCAAAUGCUAGCUGUUCAGAACAAAAACAGUAGUUACUUUGUAGAAUGGAUCCCCAACAAUGUCAAGGUAGCAGUGUGUGACAUUCCACCACGUGGCCUAAAAAUGUCCUCUACUUUUAUUGGCAACAGCACAGCAAUCCAAGAGCUAUUCAAGAGAAUCUCAGAGCAGUUUUCUGCAAUGUUCAGAAGAAAGGCUUUCCUACACUGGUUCACAGGAGAAGGGAUGGAUGAAAUGGAAUUCACAGAAGCCGAAAGUAAUAUGAAUGACCUUGUUUCAGAGUACCAGCAGUACCAAGAAGCUACAGCAAAUGAUGGAGAAGAGGAAUUUGAAGAGGACGAGGAAGAGAUUCAUGAUUAAGACAUUCAACUUUGGUUUACUGAUGAAUCCACACAUACACUAGAACAAACAUCUAAAAAUGCAUAGAUUUUUGAGGUUGAAACCAACAGUUAGAUCAAAAGUUUAAAAAUAUGGGGGGGGGGUUGCCCUAGUAAUGCACAGCGAUAUACUGUACAGUGUCUGAUCACAUUUUGAAAUGCCCAGGUCCAAUUGAUAUUUUUGUAAUCAUUAAAUUAAGCAGUCAAAACAUGGUAUGUUUGUAAACGUUAAAUAUUUCAACAUUAGAAAUUUCUAUGAUGUUGACAAAGUGAAACGGUUUAAUAAAAUAUAAAAAUUA